AUCAUCAUUGUGCGAAGAAAAUAAAAUAUACGAAUUUUUAUUCGAGCCUUCAAACCGUUCAAGCUGGCAUCAAGAAGAUUACUCCUAGUGCGCUUCCAUAGCUUCUCGCCGACUGUGUCCUACCGAGCUAGUUUCAAUAGCUUUUCAUACCAACGGAGACAAAGAUCUAGUAUGGCUACUCAUUAUGCACCCCGAGAGACACCGCCGGUCGGCAGUGGCCCGGGCGCUCCGUCUCCUGGCCCUCGGGCUCCUAUACACAGCGGUGUCGCAUCGGAGUAUGUGCUCAAGCGCUAUGACAAUAUUGUGAAGUCGCAGGAGGACAAAAGGGAGUACAGAGGUCUGCAGCUGACGAAUAAUCUCAAAGUGCUACUCGUCAGUGAUCCGAACACGGACAAGUCAGCGGCUGCGAUGGAUGUCAAUGUUGGAUAUCUCAGCGAUCCAGAAGAGCUGCCAGGGUUGGCGCACUUUUGUGAACACAUGCUGUUUUUGGGCACGAAGAAGUAUCCAGAGGAGAAUGAAUACAACAAGUUCCUGUCGGAGCAUGGAGGGUCAUCAAACGCGUCCACAUCUUCUGAUCACACCACAUACUACUUUGAUGUGUUGCCUUCUCACCUUGGCAAGGCUCUAGAUAUCUUCUCUCAGUUCUUCAUCUCGCCGCUCUUCACGGAGUCGGCCACGGGUAGGGAACUGAGCGCCGUCAACUCUGAGCACGAGAAGAACACCUCAUCGGACACCUGGAGACUAGAUCAGCUCAACAAGAGCACAGCAUCUCCAUCGCACCCUUACCAUAAGUUUGGCACAGGUAACAGGGAAACGCUGGAGACGAUACCGAAGCAAAAGGGCAUCGACGUCCGGAAGGAACUGCUGAAGUUCCACGAGGAGUGGUAUUCGGCCAACAUCAUGACCUUGGUGGUCAUCGGCAAAGAAUCCCUGGACGAGCUGGAGGGUGUGGUGGUGCCCCUGUUCGCCGAGGUCCAGGAUCGUGAGGUCACUGCACCAUCUUGGCCGCAGCAUCCGUUCCCGCCGACUUUGCGUCGCAAGCGAGCUUACUGCCUGCCCGUCAAGGAUCUGAGGUCGCUCUCCAUCGACUUUCCGAUCCCGGACACACGCAAAUACUACAAGAGUGGGCCGGGGCACUAUGUAUCGCACCUGCUGGGUCAUGAAGGCGCCGGGAGCUUGCUGGCAGAGCUCAAACGACGUGGCUGGUGCAACAGCCUAGUGGGCGGGACCAGGAUAGGCGCCCGUGGAUUUGGCUUCUUCGGUGUGCAGGUGGAUCUGACCGAGGAUGGAUUGGAGCACGUGGAUGAUAUAGUUAAUUUGGUCUUUCAGUACAUCUCCAUGCUGCGGGCAGAGGGAGCCCAGCGCUGGGUGUGGGACGAGCAGCGCGAGCUGAUGGCCACAGAGUUCCGCUUCAAGGACGUCCAGGAGCCGCGAAGCUUUGCCGUGGGACACGUGCACUUGCUGCAGGAGUUCCCGAUGGAGGAUGUGCUGAGCGCGUACUAUCUGAUGACAGAGUGGAGGCCAGAGCUCAUCGAGGAACUGCUGGACCAGCUCACCCCAGACAAUGUCAGGGUUGGGAUUGUUGCCAAGCGUUUCGGUGACAAGUGCACGCAAACCGAGCCGUGGUAUGGGACCAAAUAUCUGCAAGAGGACAUCGAGGAGGCGACGAUUGAUACGUGGCGGAAUGCGCGUGCAGGUGACACACUGCAUCUGCCGGAACGCAACCAGUUCAUCCCCACGCGCCUGCAGCUCGAACCCAGCACUGACCCCACGCUGGACGCAGUAGCACCAGCCAUUAUCAAGGACACUCCGCUCAUGAGGCUGUGGUUCAAACGGGACAACGAGUUCAUGCUGCCGAAGGCUUUUAUCACCUUCGAUUUGGUCAGUCCCUUGGCGUAUUCGGACCCCAGCAACUGUUCGCUGACGUCAGUGUGGGUGCUGGUGCUGCGGGAUGCUCUGCAGCAGUUCGCGUACGCGGCGGAGUUGGCCGGCCUGCGCUGGAACAUCGGCAACGCGAAGUACGGACUCAGUAUUACAAUAGAGGGCUACGACGACAAGCAGCACGUGCUCCUGGAGAAGAUCAUCGACCACAUCGUGAACUUCAAGGCGGAUCCCAAGAGGUUUGAGAUCAUGAAGGAGAACCACAUCAGGGCAAUCAAGAAUUUCGAUGCAGAGCAACCUUACCAGCAUGCCGUGUACCAACAAGCUCUCUGCCUGUCCGAUCUCGUCUGGACCCGUUCACAACUUCUCGAAGCUGCUAAAGACAUAACCAGUGACCAGUUGGAUGAGUUCGCUGGUCGACUGAUCCGCAAGGUUCACGUGGAGGCGCUGAUGUUCGGGAACCUCACCAGGGAACGAGCACUCUCUAUGGCGGACAUGAUUGAGGCCAAAUUGCCCAAAGAUGGGACACCAUUGCUGGCUCAACAGCUCAUGCUAUACAGGGAAGUGGAACUGGAGAGAGGGUCCUGGUUCCUUCGGGAGACGGAAAACUCAGUCCACAAGUCCUCUUGUGCGUCCCUGUACUACGCGUGUGGAGUUCGAGCCACUCGGCCCAAUGUGGCUUUAGAGCUACUGGCUCAAGCUUUGGCUGAACCCUGCUUCAACGUGCUCAGGACUAAGGAGCAACUUGGCUACAUAGUUUUUAGCGGCGUCCGUCGUUCCAACGGUGUGCAAGGUCUCCGCGUCAUAGUCCAGAGCGACCGGCACCCCUCAUACUUGGAGGAGAGGAUCGAGGCUUUCCUCCGUAGCUGCCAGGAAUACCUGGAGAAGAUGUCAGAGGAAGAGUUCCUGAAGCACCGUGCAGCAUUGGCUGCCCAGCGUCUGGAGAAGCCCAAGCGGAUGAGCAGCAAGGCCUCGCAGCUCUGGAGCGAGAUCUCCUCACAGGUGUACAACUUCGACAGGCCUCGAGUGGAAGUGGAACAGCUGAACACUAUCACCAAGGAGGAGCUGAUACAGUUCUACAAGAAGCACAUUAGCGAGGAGUCCAUGGAGAGACAGAAGCUGUCCGUACACGUGGUGUCCACAGCGGUGGGGGGUGCGGGCACUGUGGGGAAUGCAGAGAGUGGGAGGGAGAGUCCAAGGGAUGAUACGCAUGGGACACAGCCGCGAGGCCAGCCCGUCAAGGUCACAGAUCUGUUGGAGUUUAAGUCCAGGAGAAGGCUGUAUCCCCACCCCGCCCCCUUCAUGAACAUACCGAGGAAAGGCGCACAUUGUAAACUGUAAACCUAUGUACAAAUAAAUAUAGACAUAUAAAACAAAAUAUACAUUAUAAAUGAUAACCUUAGUGUAGGAUUAAAAAUGGCGUUUUAGGUUUAGUGCUUACUUAGGUAUUUAAAAUGAUUUUUAACGCCUCGACGAAAACAGAUUGACAUUAUAAUUUUGUAGUGUGUGUAUCUGUGUGUCUGUCUGUUGCAUCAGAGCUCCUAAACAAAUGAACAGGUUUCGAUUAAGUAUUUUUUUCGUUUCAAAUGUGUCUUAUUCGGGAGUGUUAUUAGCUAUGUAUAAAGAAAAUCUGUCCAGCCGUUUGAAGGUCAUAAAAGGUCAUAGAAGGUUAUAGAAAAGGAACUGCUAAAAGCAAUUCCUUUGAUAUAGGCUUUUCUCAGUCAACCACAUAUAAAACAUGGAAGUAUUACUGGAAAAGAACUAGGUUGUUUUAAUUGGUAGAAGUCCGUUUGGGUGGGUUAACAGUGCUUACACUGCUGUGUUUACACGCUACACGCUGUGUGGCACACCAGGACUAAGUCCCCAGAGGUAUCCAGAGAGGACAGGGCGACACGUUAUUUUUUUAACUUAUUAUAAGCCAGUGCUUGACCACAAUCCCACCUGGUGGUAAGUGGUGAUGCAACCCUAGAUGGUAAAUCGCACUGUCUUAGCGUAACAAAAGCUUAUUCACUCUUGCCUUAGACGUCCAGAUUGUAUUCGGACGGAAAGAUAGACGCCGGCAAAUUAUUCCACUCUCACUUUCGCCACUUUGUUGUCGAUAUACACUGGAAUAUCGACAACAAAGUGGCGAAGACUUGCCGACUGUCUGGUUGUCUAGCAGUGGAAAAGAGAGGGACGAAUGUAAGCGUGUAAUUCCUGCGCACACUCACCGAAAUGCAUCCUAUAGAAUACUGACAGACUGGCUACUCUGCGCCUGUGCUCGAGGCUGACAAGGUUGGUUUCAAAUCUCCAAAAAAGCACCAAAGCAUCAUUAGCUAUCUUUGUUAGAAGCUGACUGCAGGUGUCCACGGACAGCAGUAGCCACUUACCAUCAGGUGUACUGUCAAUUCAUUUGUAGUUCGAGGUCGGGGUUUCAAUUGUUCUGUACGUCUUAUCACCGACUUUAGAAACUAUGUGUAAAUUACUACGCAAUUCAAAUAAGUAUACGACUUACCUGGCGCCAUAUUGUGACGUCAUAGCUGUCAACUCAAACCUGUUAGGUGGUGUGAGC